AUGUUGAGUGAGAAUUUAGCCGAUGGCGGGAUAGAGGUGGUGUCAACCAAGCCCGCAUGUCCAAGCUGGUCCCUUCCGAGGGCAUCCCGCGCAACUGCCAAGAAGUUGCAUCUGUCGAAAAGGCACCAGCAGGAUUUGCUAGGCACACAGUCACCGGGGCCUGCGACGUACACGCCACAACGUCAGCGCAAAAGUCCGAGCUGCAGCUUCGGGAGGAGCAAUCGACCCUGUUCAGCCCCAGUGCGUCGAGCUUCGACGAGCGAUCUACUGGCGAACGUGUCCGCUCCAGAAAAGGCAGACCUGAAGCCACGUCCCGGAAGUGCGGUGAUUGGGCGAGCGUCCAGGAAUGUCGUGCCUGUGCAGCCAGAUGUGCACACAUUCCUUUUUACCGAUUCUCCUGGCCCGAUGCGCUACAACCCCGGCCGGGAUAUCGUUGAGCCCAGUGCUCCAUCAUAUUCCAUCAGGCCGCGCGGUUUUGAACGAGCCACGACGACCAGUAAAGUUGGUCCGGGACUUUAUCCAGUCCAGACUCGGGAGCACAUGCGCUGCGCUUCGACGUUGCGUUGUAGUCCUCAGUGGAGCAUCGCGCGGCAGGAAC